AUGCAACAUGUCGAGUACACCCUAACCGUGGCGCUGUGCGAGACGAGCGCCGCGGGUUUGCUCAAGGCGCCACUUGAACCUAACUCUAUCCCGCACGUCCAACUCGUGACUGCCCAUUCCCUAUACCUCGACCUCAUGCCACAGAGUGCGGGGGAUGUGUUUACAUAUCCGGACCUUUUCUUCACUAUUGAUGACUUUGACGGUAUUUUCGACCAGUUUGAAGUGUCGCCCCAACAAACUUUUACCCUUGAACUCUGCGGUACCCUCGGCCCGCGCCAGACCAUUCUCAUCAAUGGAAGCAUUCCUCAUCACAAUGAGAGUGGUGGCCUGGUCUCUGAGUUUGUAACGCAUCAAGGUCACAAAAACACUCGUGAAACGUCCUGGCUACACUCGGCCCACCAAAAUCUCGUCUUUUUUCGGAUCAACGCCCCGGAAGCCUCCACGGGAUUUGUGGAAAUGGCAUUGGCUCCAUCGGCAAGCUCGGAUGCAACACCCAAAGGUCGCGCCGCUGCACCCUCUCCUUGGGCUGGCCGAGCCUGGGGUGCAUAUAAGCAGCUCUUGGGUCUGGUGAAAAAUAGCGGCGGUGGCCCACAAGAUCCGGCUGCCGCCAAGCGCCUGAGCUUUCAAGCGUUUGUCACCUACAUCAGCUUGCCGUGGCACCACGUGAUUGACGCUUUGACCCAAGCCAAGCCACUCGAACCCAAGCUCUUUGUCAUGCAUCAACGCCGUCAGUCUCGAAAUGCUUCACUGCGCCCCUCUCCCAGCAAGCCUGCCGCCAAAGCCACCGCAUCGCCCGCCCUCAAGGCAGCUGCAUCACCAGGUCCCCCGACUGCUACAGCGGAUCAAACUGCGCCAGGUUUGCCACACCCGCUUGCCGUUGUGGAGACAGAGGAUUGGGUGCAGCUGCAUAAUGCAGAAUCCACGUAG